UUAUAUUCCAAGUCUAUAAAAUGUCAAACGUCUACCAUUCAGCAAACUAUGAUACUCACUUCGAUAAGAAUGUAGAUGAAGUCACUGAAGAUGGAAUUCUUACUGUGAAUAAAAUUAACCGGGAGCAAUCUAAGUUCCCCGAUUUUCUCCCAACUUGGGAUCCUAGUGAAAAAUACCCUCCUUUAGCAUUCUUUAAACAUGAAGAACCAGGUGUAAGAGCAAAUAAGGAUCUUCCAAAUUUAUUUCCAGGUGGUAAAACUGCCCAUAAAUUAAAAGAUAUUACCCCAAAGUUAGGAACUGAAGUGUUUGAUGUUCAAUUAUCCGAAUUGGAUGAUUCUGGAAAGGAUGAAUUAGCUCUUUUCAUUGCACAGAGAGGUGUUGUUGUGUUCAGAGAUCAAGAUUUUGCAUCCAAGGGAGCUCAAUUCGCCGUUGAUUAUGCUAGACAUUUUGGUCGUUUGCACAUCCACCCAACUUCUGGACAUCCUAAGGACCACCCUGAACUUCACAUUACUUAUCGUAGAGCUGAUAAGAAUGAGUUCAAAAAGCAAUUUGCUCUGAGACUUAAUGCUAUUGAAUGGCAUUCGGACGUUUCAUACGAAUUGCAGCCACCUGGAACAACUUUUUUCACUGUAUUAGAAGGACCAGAAAGUGGUGGUGAUACCAUUUUUGCUGAUACCGUUGAAGCAUACAAACGGUUAUCUCCAGAAUUCCAAAAGAGACUUGCUGGACUUCAUGUUUUACAUACUUCUGAAGAUCAGGCAAACAAUGCAAGGGGCCAUGGUGGGGUUGAGAGAAGAAAACCAGUUUCAAACAUUCAUCCAUUGAUCAGAACUCAUCCUGCUACUGGUGAAAAAUCCAUCUUUUUAAACCGUCCAUUUUCAAGAAAAAUUGUCGAAUUAAAAGAAGAAGAAAGUGACUAUUUGUUAAAUUUCUUGUACACUCAUAUUGAAUCAGCACAUGAUUUACAAUUGAGAGGAAGAUGGGAACCAAACACAGUGGUUGCCUGGGAUAAUAGAAGAGUUGUGCACUCGGCUGUGAUGGACUGGAACACUCCAAUUUCAAGACAUGCAUUCAGAUUAACUCCACAGGCAGAGAGACCAGUUGAAGACCUCAAGGAUUUAAACCUGCAAGAAUACGAUGUUGGUGAUGUUCAGGAAGCAUUGAAACAAUUGUUGAUCUAA